AUGUCUCUUUCAAUUCCUCGUCAGGCUGUGUAUUAUGUGAAAAAAGUUUCAGAAGGAAGAAGUGUUUCGAAUGUACAAGUUGUAUCACCAUGUGAGAAACAAGGACAAACUUUUGUCACUGCUUUCGAGCCUCUCUCCUCCAAUGUAACAGUUCACAACUCACUCGAGCAACUUUCAACAAUUCGAAAUGCUGAUGUACUCAUCUUCAAUAAUGCUCUCUCGAAGAUUGUGAACAACGCUGAUCUCCUGACUGACUUCUUGAAGAACGCCACCAAUGCGUCUGCCAUCGGAGGAAUCGUUAUCAUUCGUGAAGACUUGAAGAACGUCGCUGACAAACGUCAAGUUGCUCGUCUCACCGACUACUUCGACGUCUUCCGAACCAAUGAUUCCGAUGGAAACAACACUGGACUCGAUCUCUACACCGUCGAUCAAAUCGAAAACUCCACUUAUGUCGAGCAGAACUUCCUCGAUUUCAUCUUCGUUUUCCGCAAGAAGGUGUUUGCUCCAUCGACCGAUGCGACCGUCACUUUCCGUGAUUUCCUUGACAAGACUCAAUAUACCAGUACUGGAAUUGAUGCUUACGAGUGGAUGUUCGGAGUGAACUUUAUCUCUCCAGGAGGAUACAAUGAGAAUUUGAAGAUUAUCAAGAGAUUCGGAGACUUGAAACCAGGACAAACCAUGUUGGAUAUCGGAGUUGGAAUCGGAGGUGGAGCCAGACAAGUUGCCGAUGAAUUCGGAGUUCAUGUUCAUGGAAUCGAUCUCUCUUCGAACAUGUUGGCUAUUGCUCUGGAACGACUUCAUGAGCAAAAGGACUCGAGAGUCAAGUAUUCGAUCACUGAUGCAUUAGUUUAUCAGUUUGAGGAGAACUCAUUCGACUACGUUUUCUCGAGAGAUUGCAUUCAACAUAUUCCAGAUACUGAGAAGUUGUUCUCAAGAAUCUAUAAAACUCUGAAACCAGGAGGCAAGGUACUUAUCACAAUGUACGGAAAGGGAUACGGAGAGCAAAGUGACAAGUUCAAGACCUAUGUUGCUCAAAGAGCCUACUUCCUCAAGAAUUUGAAAGAAAUCGGAGAAAUUGCUGAGAAGACUGGAUUCAUCAACAUUGAAACUGAGAAUAUGACUCCACGAUUCAAGGAAAUUCUUCUGGAAGAGCGUAGCCAUUUGGAGCAAAACGAGGAAGAGUUCUUGUCGAAAUUCCAAGCCCGCGAGAGAGAUUCUCUCAAGUCUGGAUGGACUGAUAAGCUCGGAUACAUUGAGAAAGACAACCACAACUGGAACUUCUUCUUGGCCCAGAAGCCAUUCCCUAAAUAA